GGGAUGGGACUCCUACGAACCCUCUUUUGGGAAUGAAAUGACUACUUCCAGUCCAGGGACCAAAAGAGGAGGCCGCAUCAUCUGCUUCCACAAAGCCUACCUUAAUGGGCCGGGUGCUAAGACAAUGUGGGUUGGGCUUAAUAUUUUAUGUCCAACACAAGAAGCAACUGCGGGGAAGCCUCCACGUAGAGAGAGAGUCCUGGUAGUUGUCUAACUCUUAAACAAGGCUUGUUAGCGAUUUAAGUGGAGAGGAAACAGUUUGGCCGAUCAUAUCAAAUUGGGAGUCUCGGCAGAUCAGAUCAAAUGUGGCUCUCUUGUUUUCCGUUUCUGCUUUGGAAUCGACUCAUCAGAGGUAAAGGAAAUAUGGGUGACACAUGCAGUGACUCAGAACCAUAUAAGUCUGAUGCAAAGGAGCUUGACUCAAAACCAAGUACGUCUGUUGCAAAAGAGCUCGACUCAAGACCGAGUAAGUAUGAUGCAAACACAAGCAGUGACUCAAAACCGAGUAAGUCUGAUGCAAAAGAGCUCGACUCAAAACCAAGUAAGUCUGAUGCGAAAGAGCUAGACUCAAAACCAUGUAAGUCUGUUGCAAAAGAGCUUGACUCAAAACCGAGUAAGUCUGAUGCAAACACAAGCAGUGACUCAAAACCCUGUAAGUCUGAUGCAAAAGAGCUUGACUCAAAACCAAGUAAGUCUGAUGCAAAAGAGCUCGACUCAAAACCAUGUAAGUCUGUUGCAAAAGAGCUUGACUCAAAACCGAGUAAGUCUGAUGUAAACACAAGCAGUGACUUGAAACCACAUAAGUCUGAUUCAAAAGAGCAUUAUACGCCCUCUGAACAACAAGUUAUAUCACCAAAAGACUACAUUCUACAGAAAGCUCAGCCAUUUGCUAGAAACAGCCAAACCUACGAUGACCCCACCAUCUGGGGUGUACUAACCGCUAUCAACGAAAAUGCAAUUCGAGGCAUGAAAGACCGUGGAUGCCAGGGACACUGUAUUUACUUGAAGAUGGCUAAGCAUUGCAUUGGCCUAGUACUGACGAGGUGGCUAACUAUUCCAAACAAGGUGGUCAACAACGACUAUGGAAUAUAUCUUACCAGAGUUGAUGGUGAAGAAAAAGAGCAUAUCGGGUCCCUUUAUCCAGCUGUCUUCUUGUGCGACACUAGUGCAUUUGCUACAUAUGUCAAUUGGAAAAGGUUGACCAAAGACAAACCUGUUCAAAUUCAUCACGGAGAUAUCAUCUCUCUUUGUGGACCUCCUGAUGAUGGUAAUGCACGUGGAUUUGUAUAUCAACUGGCGUAUAGGUACAAUCCUUGGCAUGAAAGGUCCAGAAGCAACAAUCCAUGACCUAUUUGAACCAUUGCGUAAGGAAUUUGCGGAGAUGAAGAAAUUGUUGUGUGUAAAAGAGCGUGCAGAACUCAAGGCUGAACUUAGGAUUGAACUCAUGGAUGAACUCAGUACUCAUGGCCGAGGUCUCAAGCAUGAAAUCAUUGUUCCAAGUUUCACGAGUUAUGAUUUAGACUUGACAGCUUUGUCAAUGCUAGACCUAUAUUAUGCUUUAAGUUAUAAAAUUCUAAAUGUGAUUACUAAAUAAAGUUGCACCCAGAGCCUCAUAUUGGUUGUCU